AUGGCCCCUUCACUCUUUGUCCUUGGCACGGCCGCCCUCGCCUUGGCUGGUGACGCCGCCGCCAAGCAGUUCGUCUUGGACGACACCUACGACUCGACGAACUUCUUUGACAAGUUUGAAUUCUUUGAGAGCAAAUACGGUACUGGCAACUUCAACGAUGUCGACCUCACUUCGGGUUACAUUAACUACCGGACCCGUGUCGAUGCUCAGAAGCUGGGUCUCAUCAGCAACGCCGGUGGGGAGGUCUACUUGGGCCCUGACACCCAAAAUGUUACCGAGUUUCCCGGCGUCGGUCGUUCCAGUGUGAGGCUCGAGAGCAAGGCUAUCUACAACAAGUCCCUUAUGGUCGCCCGCUUCUCCCACCUACCCAAGCCUGUCUGCGGUGCCUGGCCCGCCUUCUGGUCUUACGGCGCCCCGUGGCCCCAGAAGGGUGAGCUCGACUGGUUUGAGGGCUGGAACAAUGCGGCUGCCAACACGCCCGCUGCCCACACCUACCACUCGGAAGAGCAGGGCCAGUGUAUUAUCAGCGAGGUCGGCCAGACGUCCAAGGUCAACACGGCCAACUGUGACCAGUGGGCCCCUGGCCAGUACCAGAAUGAGGGGUGUGCUGCCAACGCCACAUCGGCCGACCCUUGGGGCUCUGCCGAUGGUGGUAUCUACGCCGUUGAGUGGACCGACGAGUAUAUCAAGUUCUUUGCUUGGACUCACGAUGCCGCUCCCAAGGAUAUCGGAUCCGACUCGCCCGACACCUCCUCUUGGGGUACCCCUUCCAUGCUGAUCUCCAACGACAAGUGUAACAUUGAGAGCCACUUCUCAGACCAGCGACUCGUAAUCAACAUCGACUUCUGCGGCACUCUCGCUGGCAACGAGUUCAUCUGGAAGGACCAAUGUGCCACGUCCACAGGCCACGCUGUCUGCUCAUCUUACGUUGCGCAGAACCCCUCGGUUUACAAGGAUACCUACUUCAAGAUCAAGGACAUCCGCGUCUUCAAGGAGGGCAGCAAACCCGUGAUCUCGACCUCGGCGUCUGCGUCAGCCUUUGCAUCCGCCUUGGCUAGCGACUCUCACUCGCAGACAGGCACCGCCAAGGUCACCGACAAGGCUGCUUUCCUCACUGCUUCCGGCACAGCUGCUGGCACCAUCACCGCAAGUGCCAGCGUCACCAAGUUCGCGUCAGCCACUGGCUCCGUGCCCACCUCCAUUAAGUCCGGCAGUGUCAAUGAUGAGGACGUGUGCACUGAGGAUGAUGAUGGCUCUAUCACCCAGACCGCUGUCCCCACCAAGGACAUCGUCACUGACAAGAGCGCUGUCGUCUCCGAAAGCGAUAUCACCAACAAGCAGACCAACGUCGUUCCGACGACCACUGCCCAGCUGACCACCUCGACAAUCUACACCACCAAGGUCUCGACUGUCACAGCGUGUCCUCCGACCGUUACUGAUUGCCCUGGCCGUAUUGGCAAGGUCAUCACCGAGACCAUCGCUCUCUACACCACCGUAUGCCCCGUCUCG